UUACUCUUCAAUACCUACACUUAUCUAUUUUAUUAUUUUCAACAUUUUCUCUCUCUAAAACUUUUUCUCUCUCCAAGGGUUUUUGUUUUUUUGCUCUAACACGCCAUGGCUGAGGAGGCACAAACCACUGGUGUUGUUGUAGCAGCUGAGAACGGAUCGAAGUCUUCUCCGGUGGUUUUCGCGGCGGUGAAGCCGUGGCUGGUGGUGGAAGCGCCCAAGGCGAACGACGCCGUGCAGUUCUACAAGACGGCGUUCGGAGCUGAGGAGGUGAGCCGCGUGAAUCACCCGAAGAGGAAGGCGGAGCACGACCUUCCCCUCGUACUCUCCGCUGAACUCAAACUCGGAUCCUCCUCCAUUGUCGUCUCCGAUCUCACCGACGACUCAUCUGCGCCUGUCAAAUCUGUGGUGAGCGGUAGCGUGUUCUGCUUGGAGACUGAAGAUGUUGAGGCCGCCGUCGCCAAAGCUGUGGCCGCCGGCGCCGUUUCCGACGGCGAAUUGACGGAGGUUGAAGGCGGCUGCUGCGGCGGGCGCGUGGGGAGAGUGAAGGACCCCUACGGCAACGUCUGGCAAAUCUGCGCACCUGCGAAGAAGUGUGAUGACGUGGCGGCUUAGUGGCCGUCCAUUUCAUAAGAUCUUUUGGCUUCUGUUUUGUUCCCCUACUCAAACUCGGAUUUGCUUUUUGUUAACUAGUAGGGGAAAUGGUAUAUGUGAACAGUUAUUAGUCGGAUGGUUAAUCUGCUUUAAUUUUCAUGUUUAACUUUCUAAGUAAUGCUAAUUAGUACUAAUCUCAUUAACAAUCGUUUCUUAAUUAAGAGGUUUAUUUUAGUUUUAU